UCUCAUCCCAAGCCUUCACCACCAUGGAACCUCAUCCUCCUCCUCCUGAAAAUCAGUCGAACGUCCUAGAUUAUAACUCCAACGUUGACACGUCCCGUCCCUUCCGCUCCGUCAAAGAAGCAGUCGCUAUCUUCGGCCAGCGGCUUCUUGUGGGAGAAAUUUACUCUCAAAAGGCGCCUUAUCAUGUGAACGCUCCAAAGCAAGAAACUUCAUGGAAGUUGUUCUCAUCAAAUCCCAUCGAGGAUGAUCAGAAAGUUGAGGAUCAUAAUGAACAGUACUUGCUUUUAGACUCUCUGAAGAAGCUGGAGGCCCAGCUCGAGGAAAAAAAGGUGGAGCUGAAGUUGCUGAAGGAGAGAGAGUCCGAAACUGAGGUCGCACUGGCUUCGCUAAACGCUGAGCUUCACAAGAAUAUGUCAAAGUUGGCGGAGGCCGAAGCGGCUGCUAGUGGAAAGGCAAUGGCUACGAGAGAGAGGAGUUUUGGGAGAGCAAAUAGUGGGAAAAGAGAGGAAGAGAAGAAGAGGGAUCAGUUGAUGUUUAGGAUCGAGGCCGCAGACUCGCCAACUUUGGCUCAGAUAUUAAGCUUUGGAGAGGAAGGAUAUUUUGGAGGGAGACAGCCAGAGAAGAAGAAGAUGAAGCCUAUUAUUCCUCUGGUGGGAGAUUUAUUUUCCAGGAAGAAACGGUCAUCUACUACUGCAUGCUAUGCAUAGCACUGAUCACUCUGAUCUUUGUAUAAUUAAUUCAUGAGAUCAUCGAUAUAUAUGUAUGCAUUUAAUUUACUUCUUUUAUAUUAUAUAUUGAUCUUGGCUUGAUUAAGAUCAAUAUGUAUAAGAACGUUAACGUGGUUUGUUGCUGUACGUUGUUAUUUUCUUCUCCAGUUUAUGCAUGGGAAAAUGUAUGCAAACGCAGCUAUAUAUAUAUAAUAGCUAUUUAUGGCUAUUCAAUUCAUGU